UAUUUUUUCAUAUUUUAACAUCUCUGAAUGGGAUUCUUCUUACAAUCAAUGGUGUGUCAUGGUUUAAUUAGUUAUUUUUUCCUCUUUAGUAGUAGAUAAAAUAAUGAUGCGUCUUACAAUGAAUAGCAUGUUGAAUUUGAUGAAUUGUGUGUGCCAAGCACUGCUUGAAAUGCUUUAUAAUAUACUUUUCCUCAUCCAGUCUUCAUAGCUGAUGUUACCACCAUUUUGAAGGCUCAAAGAUGCUAAACAAUAGGUUCUAGGACUGCUGUCAAGUAAGUGGCAGAGCAAGAAUUUAAAAUCAGGUCUGAUUUCCAAGAUCAUGCUCUUAUUGUUAUCUCAGACUUACCUUGGGUGAUACAAAGGUGAAUAAAAACCUAUCCUUGUCUGAACUGCUCAAAUAAAGGUCUAGCUCAAAUAUGAUCUUUUUGAAACCUUUCCAACUCCCCAGGAAGAAUAAAUCUUGUUUUCAUCUGCACCCCCUCAACAUUUUAAGAAUACCUCUAUAAUACCUAUAAUCUUAUUAUAUUAUAUAAUCUCCCUGGGCCCUUAGAAGUCAGGAAUAUUCUCUUAACCAUCCUUUUGACCCUACAGUGCCUACCACAGUUCUUGACAUAUAGUAGAAGCUCAAUAAUGUUUCUUAAAAAGGAGACAGGGUCUCUGUUGCUAAGUCUAGGAGAUAAGAAAUGCACAUAAAGCUAAAAAAAGGUCAAAAGUAGUGUUUAGGAGAAUUAUAUAUUUAAGUGCAGUAGAGUUUAAAAGAACCAAUGAGGGCCGGCCACGGUGGCUCACGCCUGUAUUCCCAGCACUUUGGGAGGCCGAAGUGGGUGGAUCUGAGGUCAGGAGUUCAAGAACAGCCUGGCCAACAUGGCAAAACCCCAUCUCUACUAAAAAUACAAAAAAUUAGCCGGGCGUGGGGACGGGCACCUGUAGUCCCAGCUACUCGGGAGGCUGAGGCAGGAGAAUGGCUUGAACCCGGAGGCAGAGGUUGCAGUGAGCCGAGAUUGUGCCAUUGCACUCCACCUGGGCAACAAGAGUGAAACUCCAUCUCAAACAAACAAAAAAACACCAAUGAUAGGAAGUACAAGAGGAUACAGCUCAGCCAGCUUCCAGGUUUUCACACAUACACACACACACCCCAGUGUGAAAAAGCUGAAACCGUCUACAAUGGCUGAAACCACGCUGCUGAGGCAUUUUUGAAUUUUAAUUAGUUAGCAACACUUAUAAAUUAAGUUUCACAUAAAACCCAGGAUUUCUGGAUUUUCCUGAGAAACGAAGACAUCUCAGAAACUGGGUGCUCAUUCUCCUAGAGAAAUGGGUUGGAUUUGGGUAUCAAAUUCUCCUUUCAGAUGAACUUAAUGCUCACUUAUCCAUCGUAGUACCUUCCACCAUUUGUUUAGGCUCAGCUUGCAUAAGAUAAUUUAUAUUCUCUCGCCAGUCUAGGCAUCUGGGUUUAAGACCCCUUCUCUAGAUACAUUACUCACUGCACUAUCACACUAUGAAUUUUCAGGCAUCCGUGCUUUGACUUCCACUUUGCCUAGAAAGUCCUUUGCUAUCUCCAAAAGCACUCCUACUCCCCUAAGGCACUGCUUCAAUUCCUUUCAUUAGCUUCUUCUGACCACCCUCUCAACCGUGUCACGCAGCACUGUGGUAAUACCUCUAUUAAAACCCUUAUCAGAGCGUAUGCACAAGCUUCUCCUCUUCGCGCUGACGUUCGCUCCUUGAGGCCAGCGGCCCACAACUAACUCAUUUCGCGGCUCCAGCUUCACGUCCAUGCCCUGGCACCUACACCCAGUCGUUCCGUACGUUUGCGGAAGUCAGUCUUCUUACUUCACGGCAAACCCAAGCUAAACUAAUAUUACGACCACAGAAGUGGGGCUGAGGUAGAAGCCAAGACUAUCCCAAUAACUGGAUUCUGGCCGAGAAAAAGGCGCGCGCCAGCACCCCAAUCAGUAAAAACUACCAGGCAAAGUUUGCCGCCGCCACUAUCCUGCUCUGACUCUGAAAUAGUUCCAAUUCUCGCGAGAUUCGGCCUGACUACCAGCCCUUCAGCUCCAAUGACUUGCGGGUUGGUUUCCUCUAGAUUCUCGUGGCCACACCGUUCUCCGUUAGGAGCCUUUCCGGUGCUAUGCCCCGGAAGCGGAAGUGCGAUCUUCGGGCUGUCAGAGUUGGUCUGUUACUCGGUGGUGGCGGAGUCUACGGAAGCCGUUUUCGCUUCACUUUUCCUGGCUUUAGAGCGCUUUCCCCCUGGCGGGUGGGAGUGCAGAGACGAAGGCAUAACCUGGGUCCUGGUUUACAGGACAGACAAGUACAAGAGACUGAAGGCAGAAGUGGAAAAACAGAGUAAAAAAUUGGAAAAGAAGAAGGAAACAAUAACAGAGUCAGCUGGUCGACAACAGAAAAAGAAAAUAGAGAGACAAGAAGAGAAACUGAAGAAUAACAACAGAGAUCUAUCAAUGGUUCGAAUGAAAUCCAUGUUUGCUAUUGGCUUUUGUUUUACUGCCCUAAUGGGAAUGUUCAAUUCCAUAUUUGAUGGUAGAGUGGUGGCAAAGCUUCCUUUUACCCCUCUUUCUUACAUCCAAGGACUGUCUCAUCGAAAUCUGCUGGGAGAUGACACCACAGACUGUUCCUUCAUUUUCCUGUAUAUUCUCUGUACUAUGUCGAUUCGACAGAACAUUCAGAAGAUUCUCGGCCUUGCCCCUUCACGAGCCGCCACCAAGCAGGCAGGUGGAUUUCUUGGCCCACCACCUCCUUCUGGGAAGUUCUCUUGAACUCAAGAACUCUUUAUUUUCUAUCAUUCUUUCUAGACACACACACAUCAGACUGGCAACUGUUUUGUAGCAAGAGCCAUAGGUAGCCUUACUACUUGGGCCUCUUUCUAGUUUUGAAUUAUUUCUAAGCCUUUUGGGUAUGAUUAGAGUGAAAAUGGCAGCCAGCAAACUUGAUAGUGCUUUUGGUCCUAGAUGAUUUUUAUCAAAUAAGUGGAUUGAUUAGUUAAGUUCAGGUAAUGUUUAUGUAAUGAAAAACAAAUAGCAUCCUUCUUGUUUCAUUUACAUAAGUAUUUUCUGUGGGACCGACUCUCAAGGCACUGUGUAUGCCCUGCAAGUUGGCUGUCUAUGAGCAUUUAGAGAUUUAGAAGAAAAAUUUAGUUUGUUUAACCCUUGUAACUGUUUGUUUUGUUGUUGUUUUUUUUUCAAGCCAAAUACAUGACAUAAGAUCAAUAAAGAGGCCAAAUUUUUAGCUGUUUUAUGUACAAGGAGAGAUCUGUUUCAUUUUGUUUUGCCGUAUUUCUAGAUAUAAGUUUUAGCAUAGGCCAGGAAGGACUAAAAUAAAAGUUUUUAAGGUACUGUACUUUUUGCCAUACUUGACUCAUAUACUCAAAAUACAGAGUUGUCCUGGUGUAGGAAUUGGAAAGCAAGAGUGGAAAGGAACGUAAUAACUCGUUGGAGUUUAAAAAUGAGGGUCUUGGCAAGUAACACUGAUGUCUGAAAAAAAAAUUAAAUAUAAAUAAAUAAAUAAAAAUGAGGGUCCUCAGCUGUUCUCUUCAUAUCCUAUUACAGUCUCUCAGAUUCUUGUGGGGGCACUCUUAGAUCUCCCUUGGAGACAAGGUUAUAGUUAUAUGUUGUUAAUCUUGCAGAGCUUCCUUUUAGUCACAAUAGCCUUCAUUUUCUGCCAUGCCCCUUCAUAAGGGAGAAGGAUGUUUGUACCAUGAUCCUCCACCCAUAAUCUAUGGAAUUAGGAGUCCUGUGUGGAGUCUUAUCAAUAAAUAUGCACAUUCAUCAAA